AUGCCGGAAUUAAACAAUAAAAUCGAACUAAAAUUCUUGAAGAAGAUGAGCACUGAGAAGAAGGAGGCUAAGCCUAAGCCAGAAGAGAAGCCUGCGGCGAAGGCAAAUCCUAAGAGUCCUGUGAAUCGAGUAAAAAUUGCACCAUAUGCUUAUGUGGAGGAGUUGGUCGUCAGUUCACCGAACGAAAGGAACUGGAGGGGUAUAUUUAUCGCUCUGCUGGUUAUCGUCGCCGUCUUGGGCCUAAUUGUCUUCAGCAUUGUCCUGGUGUCGCCGCCGGAGGAGGGGCCUAGGACGAAGGGAAGCAAGCCGACCUUGGAGGAUAUUUUUGUGAAGCUACCACCUGCUGCCAGGUUCAACGGUACCUGGAUAUCAGAUACAGAAUUUAUAUACAAAGACGAACAUGGAGGAGUCACGUUGUUCGAUGCAGAAAAUUUGACAACAAGUACCAUUAUGACAAAUAUUACAUUUAGACAAUAUAAAGUGGUUGACUUUAAAAUAUCAAACGACCUAAGAUACGUCCUCCUUAUAAGUGAUGUUAUAAAGAUUUAUAAAUAUACCACACUGGCAAAAUACCACAUUUAUGAGAUUUCUACCAGGCUAAGAAAGCCACUAUCACCAAACGAACUGGACGAGAACGCCCCUUACUUGCAGUACGCCACGUGGUCACCAGAUGGCUCCGCAGUCGCGUUCGUAUACAACAAUGACAUCUACUACAAACCCAAGGUGGAAAAGGAUCUAGUGUGCAGGAUAACUAGCACCGGCCAGCCUGGCAUCGUGUACAACGGCGCUCCUGAUUGGCUGUACGAGAACAAAAUCCUGAAGACGUCCCACGCCGUUUGGUUCUCUCCGGAUGGGCUGUAUUUGCUUUACAUAACCUUCAACGAUACCAACGUGGGGGAGUACAAAUAUCCUUGGUACGAUAGCAACAAUUCCCAGCAAGCGACGUAUCCGAAGAUUAAGUCGUUUCGAUAUCCCAGGGUGGAAACUGCUAACCCAGAAGUGACAGUGUGGAUAGUAAACCUGACGAUGCCCAAGUUCUUAUUUCCUUUCGAACUGAGGCCCACCAAUAGCGUCGAAGCGGACAGUUACGUCACCAGCGCCAGUUUUCACGGUGACAAUAACGUGGCCAUAGUUUGGCUAAACAGACUACAGAAUGUUUACGUUAUAGUCACGUGCAGAUCGCAGAAUAACUACAACUGCACGGAUUUUCAUGUGGAAAGGGAGCACAUAGGUUGGACAGAACCGAUUUUCCACCCAAUUUUCAAUGACAAUGGUACUAAAGUUUUGGUGAGACUGCCAGUCAAAGACGGAGAAAACGGGCACUAUAUGCACAUUUGCGAGAUAUACAACAACAAAGUCAGACCUCUAACACAUGGAGCCUUUGAACUUACCAGAAUCCUUGCGUGGGAUGAAGAGAAUCAUUACAUAUACGCAAUAGGAACCAUAGAUAACACCCCCGCCGUGCGGCACCUCGUCCGGAUAACCAACAGGAACUCCACAUCCGAAUGGAUGUGUAUGACGUGCAGACCGGAAAUAGACGCCAACGUGACCUUCACGGAAAACAUGAACGAGACGAUGAUAAGCAACAGCCUCUGGUUGGACUACCCCUGUGACUACAACAAUGUGAUAUUCAGUAGAAAUUUUAAAUUUUAUAUCCAGGAAUGUCUGGGACCAGAAAUUCCGAUAGUCCUCCUGGUGAAGACCUCGUCGAACGCCAGGCGGGUAGUUCUAGACACCAGCUUUAAAUUAAGGAGAAAAGUUAGGAAACUGUCACCCCCGCAAGUUAAAACAAUCUCUGUUGAGAUUGAGUUCGGGUAUAAGGCCCAAGUUAGAUUGUAUUUGCCCGGGGGGCUGAGGGAAUACGAGGACGUCACCUUCCCACUCAUUCUCCUCGUUGAUGCCGCACCUUCUUCCCAAAGCGUUUCUUCCAAGUGGGAAUUGUCCUGGCCCUGGUACUUGACGAGCACGCGGAACUACGUCGUAGCGAGGAUAGACGCCAGAGGAUCGGGCUUUCAGGGGAUCAAGAUGAGACGCGAAAUCCAGCGCAGGAUAGGUCUCAUCGAGGUACAGGAUCAGCUCGCGGUCUUAACGUAUCUGAGAGACACUUUCAAGUUCAUCGACAGGACCAAGAUCUGUACCACCGGAAAAGGAUACGGUGGUUUCGUGUCGGCCAUGAUGCUCCUCCAGGACUUCCACCAGGUUAUCAAUUGCUCAGUCAGUAUUUCUCCGAUUACCAAUUGGAGGUAUUACAAUUCGUAUUUCGCAGAGAAGUACCUCGGUUUCCCAUCGAAACACCUCCAAGAGUACGACAAUGCCGAUUUGACGAUGAAGGCAGUGAAUCUCAACGAGAGGAAUUUAUUAUUAAUUCACGGCACUGCAGACACGCAAGUAACCCCCCAGCAUUCCCUAAUGUUAGCCAAAGCACUGAUAGACCAAGACAUCCUCUUCCAACAAUUGGCGUAUCCAGACGAAGACCACGAUUUCUCUACAAAAGCUCUACUCCACAUGUACAAAGAAAUCGAUCAAUUCUUUAACGACUCUUUCGGGCCUGUCAUCGACGAAUGGAAUGACGAUUCCAGUUUCUUCAUUUAG